CUGCCCAUAGGAAGUCUUACGCCAAAUAUCAGUUCAUUUUGUUGAUACCCGGUUUGUCUGAAGUCUGGAAUUACUAUGGGAUUGUGCAUUUUUUACUUGGUACAUGUAAGUUUUUUUUUUAUAUUAAAAAUAUCUUGUCACCCUGAUGUGCCACUAUCGCAUGCUCAACUCAUUUUGAACUCGGGACCGCAAUCCGAUUCCUUUCUUCAUAUUUUUGUAUCUACUACAAUGAACUCCCGAUGGUAUGACAACCAUUGUUGCCACGGUCACUUUUUAGUUUGACACUUUUACACUUUUACCGUGUAAAAAGUGACAGUUCAUCACGUUUUGGUUUGACAUUGUUUAAAUAAUGUUUAAUUAUAAUAAAUACGACAGAUAAAACUAUAAAAAAUACUAAAACACAAAAUAUAGAAAACAAAGAGUUCAUAUUUGAAAAAUGUUUAGGCAUUUGUCAACAAAAUUAUGAAAAGUGCGCCAAAAUGAUACCUUCCGUCGCGCACAACAACAUCAUCGUGUUUCACAGGUAGGUGUGCGACAUCGCACUUAAAUGGUAAGUUGCGUUGCAUAUACAUAAACAUUUCCAGCAGUGAAUGUCGCGCGACAUUUGCUGGUCACGUAUAAAUUAGGCCAAUCAUGCGUACAUUUCCACAAAAGAGUUUUUCAUCCUAUUUUACUAAAAAUGUUUCCGUUUUCCUUCCUGUGAAUGCCACACCCACUGUAGAUACUCAUCUACCUAGCUCUUUACAGCACUGCACUCUUCUCUUCACUGGGAAAUUGUGUUUUUUUGACAAAAGUAAAAUUAACUCGCUGUUUAACGAUGUGAUGACGAAUGCUUGCGGCAGCCCAAUCCUAAUGAUCUCAACAUACGAAUACGUGGAGUACGUAAACGGAAACAUGGUUGCCUCCUGCCUGACUCCAGUGGAAAACUUCUGGCAUGCGGCCUUUUUUGUUGGUAGCAUCGUGGUUUUCUUUAUUUUCCCGUUGUUCAUCCUGGUGGUGCUGUACUCUGUAAUAGCAAAAAACCUGAUGGACAACCCUAGCAUCAUCAUGUCCAACGCCAGCGGAAACCGGAGCAACGUGCUCAAGUACCGAAAGCAGGUUAUGUUUAUGCUGGGUGCAGUAGUUGUCAGCUUCUUCUUCUGUCUACUCCCAUUCCGUGCUCUGACCCUGUGGAUAAUCAUCGUCCCGAGCGAGAACAUCGUGUCCAUUGGGUUCGAGCGAUUCUACAUUAUCCUGUACUUUUGUAGAAUCAUGCUGUACAUGAACUCUGCAAUCAACCCCAUCCUCUACAACCUGAUGUCGUCCAAGUUUCGGAACGGUUUCCUACAACUUCUCGGCUGUGGCAAGAUGAUCCGCUCGGGCAGUAUGUCUUCGACGGUUCGCAAAGGAACGUUCCAUACGGCAUCAACAAAUCUGAGCAGCUCGCUUAACAGCUCCAGCCAGAGAAGACUUACGCGGGACGAAAGCAGUGUCAGUGGAAGAACUAUGGAGAGCAACAACAGUCGGAAAAGGUUGCUUCAUCAACGCCACAACAGUACGAUCUCUAUCAAAUCUGGCAACGAUGAAGCACGAGAUGCGACGUUGAUCGGUAACGGUGGAUCAGUUUGCACACCUUCGGAGGUCGUUCCUCUCAAUGCAGAUAAAAUCGAAGAACUGGACGAAUCCACAACGACAGCUGCUUCAUUGCCAAACGGUUACGGUUUCCAUAGGUUUAAGCAUCUCAAUGGUAGUUGUAGUGUUAUUAGCAGUAGUACCAGUAAGACUAGUCAACGGUUGAACGGGAUUGUUUCGGUUGAACCGAUAACCGUUCACCAACCGGACAAUAAAUAUCUUAUAGUAAGAGCUGCCGUUAUUGUGGUGCAAGACAGGCCUCCUGGAGAUGAUGACCCACCAGUUGGGUCACCAUCCGCGGAACACGCCGUCGUGAGCUCAAACGGAUGUGAACCACUAGUAUCUAUCAUCACUGCCAAAGAUGAGAAUCAGAACAGUAACUAUGUCAAUCAAGGACAGCAACAGCAUCAGAUAACCGCAAACGGUAAAGACAGUGUCAAUGUUCAAUCUGAAAACAUAAUGCCCACUAAACAGUGCAAGACAGCUGACGGACAGGAAUCUUUAGAAGAGGUGACUAAAAUAAGACAGUAUUAUGGCACGAUGGAAUGUGAUAUCUAAAUGAGGAAGAAAAAACUGAAGUGAUAAGCGAAAUGAAAGACGUGGUUUAGUUCAACUAAAUGCUCGAUGGGAAUGAUAUUUUGGCUAGGCUUUUUUUGGGCUUGAAUGAUAAAAAAAUGAAUCUUUAAACAUACAUGAAAAUGGUGCGGAUUAAGUCAGCUGUCUUUGGCGCGUACAUUUUGCUACUACAGAUCGUCAAACGAGGAAAAUAUAGUAUUGUGCACAUUCUAUUUAUUGUAAAAAAUAAUAAAGAAACACAUUUAUGUAAUAAAACUAGUAAAACUCUUUUAUUUUGCUUUCAAGACACGGUUACUUUUAGGGGUAAACGGAAUGAACUAUAGAAACAAGCAUAAAGUGAUAUAAAAUCAAUGUUCAACUAAAUGUUUGAUCGAGCCACGUAGCCUAGGUGGUAACGCUUCCGUCUUGUAAGCAGUAGAUCGGGAGUUUGAUUGCCUGCUCGGACCAACACAACUGGUGUCCGUUUCCCUUCUGAAAUU